AUCCUAAGUUAAGAAAGUUAUGCAGCGGUUUUAUGCUUAUGCGGAGAGACAAUUCAAACUGCCGCUUCAAAAGGUCAGGAGUGAUAAUGGCACGGAAUUCAUGUGUCUCAGAGAGUUCUUUCAGGAGAAAGGGAUCGUGCACCAAACAAGCUGUGUUGACACACCUCAACAAAACGGGAGAGUGGAGAGAAAGCAUAGACAUAUCUUGAAUGUGGCAAGAGCAUUGUUGUUUCAAUCUAGUAUGCCGGUUGAGUUUUGGGGUGAGGCGAUCUCCACGGCUACAGUGCGGAGUUUGCUGCGUGUGGUUGCUGGAAAAGGUUGGAUUGUGGAUCAAAUGGAUGUGCACAAUGCCUUCUUACAUGGAGAUCUUAAAGAAGAGGUGUACAUGAAGCUACCUCAAGGUUUCAAGUGUUCUGAUCCCAGCAAGGUGCUCAGAUUGCAUAAGGCGGUUUAUGGUCUGAGACAAGCUCCACGAUGUUGGUUUGCUAAGCUUACUGAUGCACUCAAGAAGUAUGGUUUUAAGCAUUCUUAUGCCGACUACUCAUUGUUCAUAUACUCAAGGAAAGGUAUAGAACUCAGGGUAUUGAUCUAUGUUGACGAUCUGUUGGUUUGUGGCAACGACGUAAAGUUUGUGAACAAGUUCAAAGACUACUUAAGUGAGUGUUUUCAUAUGAAGGACUUGGGUAAAUUGAAGUAUUUUCUUGGCAUUGAAGUGGGUCGUGGUGAUGAAGGGUUUAUGCUGACACAGAGGAAGUACGCAUUAGAUUUGAUUGCAGAUGUUGGUCUACUUGGUUCGAAGCCAACCGCAACUCCAAUGGAGCAACAACACAAACUGGCGCUUGAUACGAGUCCGUUUAUACGCGACGCUGAGCAGUACAGAAGAUUGAUAGGGCGCUUGAUCUAUUUGACAAUAACACGCCCAAACAUUUCAUAUUCAGUACAUAUACUGUCUCAGUUCAUGAAAGCGCCGAGAGAGAUGCAAUGGGACGCUGCUCUACGUGUUGUGAAAUACCUUAAAGGAACAGCUGGUCAGGGGAUAAUGUUAAGCUCGAAAAGUGAAUUAAAUCUGUCGGUGUAUUGUGAUGCUGACUGGUCGGCAUGUCCAGUUACGAGAAGAUCUUUGAGUGCAUAUGUCACUUUAGUGGGAGAUUCACCAGUGUCAUGGAAAACAAAGAAACAAAGUGUGGUGUCUCACUCAUCGGCUGAAGCAGAGUAUAGAUCCAUGGCUCAAGCAACCAGGGAAGUUUAA